AUGGUCCAGACCUGGGAAGACAAGGUCGCGCCAGUCAGGAGUAAGCGUGAUGCUUCGCUGGCAAAGGUUGAGCCACCACUGGCAGCCCUGCCAGCAAGCUUUCCUCUUAACUCUCAGAGCGUGCCAAAAGAGCUCCUGACCGCAAGGGAGAUCGAGAUCACAGAAGGAUACACGGUCAAGCAGCUUCUCGCCAAGCUACGCAGCAGAGAUAUCUCGGUCGAGGAGGUUACAAGGGCCUUUCUACGCCGCGCUGCCGUUGCUCAAGCCAGUGUCAACUGCCUGACUGAGUUGAUGUGGGACCAGGCACUCGAGCGGGCCAAGUACCUCGACUCGCUGCCUGAGCCUAAAGGAGCAUUCUUCGGCCUGCCCAUUUCCACCAAGGAGCACCAUGGCAUGAAGGGUGACAACAUCGUCACAAAUGCUUCUUACGUCGCUUGGAUUGAACAGAAGCACGGCUCGAACCAUCUAUACGACAUCCUGUGGGAUGCUGGCUGCGUCUUCUACGUCAGGACGACGCAGCCUCAAACCAUCAUGCAUCUCGAGACCAAUAACAACAUCUACGGGCGUACCCUGAAUCCAUACAACCGGAAUCUGACCUGUGGAGGAAGCAGUGGCGGUGAGUCAGCUUUGAUUGGCAUGCGUGGCAGUAUCCUUGGUGUUGGUGGAGAUAUAGGUGGCUCCAUACGUUGCCCCAGCGCGCACUGCGGUAUUUAUGGCUUCAAACCAAGUUGCAAACGCCUUCCCAACGCUGGGGCAUCAUUACACAUGGCUGGCAAGGAAACCAUAUUAAGCACGCUUGGUCCCAUGACAGUGGACCGCGAAGCUCUGGAACUCUUCGUUGAGACAGCACUGGCCGCCAAACCGUGGCUCCUGGACCCCUCGCUGAAUCUCCGAGAAUGGGCUCCCCACAAGUUCGAUCGACCAUUGAAGAUCGGUGUACAGUGGUGGGACGGUGUAGUGAAGCCCCAUCCUCCCAUGAUCCGCGCCAUGAGAGAGGUUGCUGCAGCUUGCAAGGCCGCUGGUAUGGAAAUUGUGGAUUGGGAUUGCGAGAAGCUCAAGCAUGACUAUGCCUGGGACCUCACGGCUUCUCUAUACUGGCCAGACGGCGGUGCGGAAGUAAUGGGGCUACUAAAAGAUGCAGGAGAGCCGAUUCUUCCAUUGACCAAGUUUAUCAUCGAGGAACAGCCCGCUGUGAAACACAUGACAGUCACUGAGCUCUUUGCGCGCACGAAUGAGCGAGACCUAUACAGACGCUUCUACGCACAAGCCUGGACCGAGACUGGCGCGCAAGACGGGCACGAAAUCGAUGUCAUUCUCUGUCCACCUUCAUUCGGCGCAGCAACGCCUCACGACCAAUCUCGCUACUGGGGCUAUACAGCUCAUUGGAAUCUCCUCGAUUACCCCGGAGCCGUCUUUCCUGUCACCGUUGUCGAUCCCAGCAAAGAUCCCAAGGAUGAGAGCUACACUCCGAAGAACGAGAAGGACAAGUUCUGCUACGACAUGUACACACCUGAGAAGUAUAAGGACGCUCCGGUGAGUUUGCAAGUCAUCGGCAGGCGAAACAACGAUGAGAAGGUCCUCGCGGCACUCAAAGAGAUUGAGAAAGCCAUGGGCAGGCCCUAG